AUGAUGAGCUUCGGCGGCGCCGACGCGCUGCUGGGCGCCCCGUUCGCGCCGCUGCACGGAGGAGGCAGCCUGCACUACGCGCUGGGCCGCAAGGCCGGCGCGGGCGGCCCGCGCUCCGCCGCCGGCUCCUCCAGCGGCUUCCACUCGUGGGCGCGGACUUCCGUGAGCUCCGUGUCCGCCUCGCCCAGCCGCUUCCGCGGCGCCGGGGCCGCCUCCAGCACCGACUCCCUCGACACGCUGAGCAACGGCCCGGAGGGCUGCGUGGUGGCGGCGGCGGCGGCGCGCAGCGAGAAGGAGCAGCUGCAGGCCCUGAACGACCGCUUCGCGGGCUACAUCGACAAGGUGAGGCAGCUCGAGGCGCACAACCGCAGCCUGGAGGGCGAGGCGGCGGCGCUGCGGCAGCAGCAGGCCGGCCGCGCCGCCAUGGGCGAGCUGUACGAGCGCGAGGUGCGCGAGAUGCGCGGCGCCGUGCUGCGCCUCGGGGCGGCGCGCGGCCAGCUGCGCCUGGAGCAGGAGCACCUGCUGGAGGACAUCGCGCACGUGCGCCAGCGGCUGGACGAGGAGGCCCGGCAGCGCGAGGAGGCCGAGGCGGCGGCGCGCGCCCUGGCCCGCUUCGCGCAGGAGGCGGAGGCGGCGCGCGCCGAGCUGCAGAAGAAGGCGCAGGCGCUGCAGGAGGAGUGCGGCUACCUGCGGCGCCACCACCAGGAGGAGGUGGGCGAGCUGCUCGGCCAGAUCCAGGGCUGCGGGGCCGCGCAGGCGCAGGCGCAGGCCGAGGCGCGCGAUGCCCUCAAGUGCGACGUGACGUCGGCGCUGCGGGAGAUCCGCGCGCAGCUCGAAGGCCACGCGGUGCAGAGCACGCUGCAGUCCGAGGAGUGGUUCCGAGUGAGGUUGGACCGGCUCUCAGAGGCAGCCAAGGUGAACACAGACGCCAUGCGCUCUGCGCAGGAGGAGAUAACGGAGUACCGGCGACAGCUGCAGGCCAGGACUACAGAGUUGGAGGCGCUGAAAAGCACCAAGGAUUCCCUGGAGAGGCAGCGCUCGGAGCUGGAGGACCGCCACCAGGCAGACAUCGCGACCUACCAGGAUGCUAUCCAGCAGCUGGACAACGAGCUGAGAAGCACCAAGUGGGAGAUGGCGGCGCAGCUUCGAGAGUACCAGGACCUGCUCAACGUCAAGAUGGCCCUGGACAUCGAGAUCGCUGCCUACAGAAAGCUCCUGGAAGGUGAAGAGUGUCGGAUUGGCUUUGGUCCGAGUCCCUUCUCACUUACUGAGGGACUCCCAAAAAUUCCCUCCACAUCCACUCACAUAAAAGUCAAAAGUGAAGAGAAGAUAAAAGUGGUGGAAAAAUCAGAGAAGGAAACUGUGAUUGUAGAGGAACAGACAGAAGAGAUCCAGGUGACUGAAGAAGUAACGGAAGAGGAGGAAAAAGAGGCUAAAGAAGAGGAAGGAGAAGAGACAGAAGAGGGAGGAGAAGAACAAGAAGCUACAUCUCCCCCUGCAGAAGAGGUCCCAUCUCCAGAAAAAGAAACCAAGUCUCCUGUGAAGGAAGAAGCCAAGUCCCCAGCUGAGGCAAAGUCACCAGCUGAGGCCAAAUCUCCAGGUGAAGUUAAGUCCCCAGCUGAGGCCAAGUCCCCAGCUGAGGCCAAAUCCCCAGCUGAGGCCAAAUCCCCAGCUGAGGCCAAGUCACCAGCUGAGGCCAAGUCCCCAGCUGAGGCCAAGUCCCCAGGUGAGGCCAAGUCCCCAGCUGAGGCCAAGUCCCCAGGUGAGGCCAAGUCCCCAGGUGAGGUCAAGUCCCCAGCUGAGGCCAAGUCCCCAGCUGAGGCCAAGUCCCCAGCUGAGGCCAAAUCCCCAGCUGAGGUCAAGUCCCCAGCUGAGGCCAAGUCCCCAGCUGAGGCCAAGUCCCCAGGUGAGGCCAAGUCCCCAGCUGAGGCCAAGUCCCCAGCUGAGGCCAAGUCCCCAGGUGAGGCCAAGUCCCCAGCUGAGGCCAAGUCACCAGCUGAGGCCAAGUCCCCAGCUGAGGUGAAAUCUCCAGAGAAAGUGAAGACCCCUGUGAAGGAAGAAGCAAAAUCCCCAACUGAGGCCAAGUCUCCUGAGAAAGCCAAGUCCCCUGUGAAGGAAGAGGUCAAGGCUCCAACUGAGGUAAAAUCCCCUGAGAAGGCUAAGAGCCCCGUGAAGGAGGAAGCAAAAUCUCCUGAGAAGGGCAAGACUCUAGACGUGAAGUCUCCAGAAGCCAAGACUCCACUGAAGGAGGACAUCAAAUCUCCUGGACAGGCCAAAAGUCCUGCCAAAGAAGAGGUCAAGUCCCCCGAGAAGGUCAAGUCCCCUGAGAAGGAAGAAGCCAAGACCUCUGAAAAGGAGCUUCCCAAGAAGGAAGAGGUGAAGUCCCCUGUAAAGGAAGAGGUGAAAGCCAAAGAACCCCCAAAGAAGGCAGAGGAAAAGAAGACCCCAGCGACACCAAAAACAGAGGAGAAGGAGAGCAAGAAAGAUGAAGCCCCCAAGGAAGCCCCAAAGCCCAAAGUGGAGGAGAAGAAGGAAACACCUGCAGAAAAGCCCAAGGACUCUACGGCAGAGGCCAAGAAAGAAGAGGCUGGAGAUAAGAAGAGAGCAGCGACUCCAGAAAAGGAGACUCCUGCCAAGGCAGAAGUAAAGGAAGAAGCUAAACCCAAAGAGAAGACAGAGACGACCAAGACGGAAGCAGAAGACUCCAAGGCCAAAGAACCUAGCAAACCCGCAGAGAAGGAAAAGCCAAAGAAAGAGGAGGCACCGGCAGCACCAGAGAAGAAAGACACCAAGGAAAAGGUCACAGAGCCCACAAAGCCUGAGGAGAAACCCAAAACAGACACCAAGGCCAAAGAGGAUGACAAGGGCCUUUCUAAAGAGCCCAGCAAACCCAAGACAGAAAAGGCUGAAAAAUCCUCUAGCACAGACCAAAAAGAUAGCCAACCCCCAGAGAAGGCCUCAGAGGACAAGGCGACCAAGGGGGAGAAGUAAGGCAGAGAGAAAGGAACAUCCAGAAGAGCCAAAGAAACUCAGGAGGGUCCCAGUACUCAAGGGUUGGUGUAAUAAGUUUUAUCUCUUCCUUUCCUUUCUGUAAGAAGAAAUACCGCUUAGAUGACGGGUCUGCCCUCACCAAACAGGAAUGUCCAUUAGGAUUAAGUUAGCAAGAGAAGAUACCCUGAGCCCUGCCCCCCACACCCCAAGGCCUCUGCAGGUGAUGGACAACUAUGAUAGCUUAUUGUAGCCAAGCGUGAUGUAUGCUGAAUGCUACACGAGAAACACUUGAUAAAAACUGCCCCCUCCUUUCCAAGUAAGUGCAUUUAUUUCCUGUAUGUACGACAGACGACCGCAAUAAUGAAUGAGCACUUAGAAAUGCAUUAUGCUUGAAAUGUCGUAACCUAUUCCCGAAUGCCUUCUCGUUUUCCAAAGGAAUGGUCAGGCCCCUGCCCGGGACGCUCUCCUGGAAGAGCUGCAGCAGGUGAGGCAGGGCAAUGGCCACCGGAGCAGACCAGGGCGCACUUUCCACUGGAGUCCACUUUCAAUUGCUCCCAUGCAAUAAAACCAAGUGCUUCUAAAAUAAAA